AUGGACGGGCUAUCGGGAGUGGCGGCGGACCAGCUUCAUCAGCUGAGCCUCGGCCUCAACGCCAAUCUACCCGCCCUCCAAACCAAUCAUGUAGUCCUCGCUUCGCAGCCCAACUCUGGUCAGCCUAGUCCAGUAGCAGUGCAGUCAUCGAUGGAGCUGCAAAUCGACUUUACUCGACCUGAUGCUCAACGUACUCGACCGCUUCUCAUCGAUGGUAAACGGUUGUACGUUGAUGAGCAUUACAUCUCGGUAUGGUCACCUAUAUUGAGGUCAUGGUGCACAGAAUGUCCGGAUCGAGAGUUGAUACUGGCUAAUGUACAGUAUGAUCAUGUGCUGGAGAUGCUAUUGGCUAUACAUCCGACUUACAAGACUAUCGAUGAACAAGUUGUACAUAUCCUACUGCCACUCGCUUACGACUAUCAGGUAGGGUGGUGUAGGGUGUAGUAGGGUAGGGUAGGGUACAGUGGGUUGGGUAGGGUACGGUACACUACGGUACGGUAAAAAAUUUUUCAAAUUUAAAUUUUAGAUGGAAGGCCUGCUACAUCGUUGCGAGUGUUUCCUCAUAGUUCACAAACUGCCGUUUUUGGAAAAAGUCUGGCUAGCCGACCGCUACAAACUAAAUCGACUGCUAGCUUUGUUACUACGAGAGCUAAAACCAUCACAUAGGCUAGACCUGAGUGGCACAAGAUACUAUGGACUUUCAGACCGAGUAAAAGUUCUUUUAUUAGAACGAAUGCACGGAUCUCCACCACCUGAUGUAAGUUGACAUUUUUUAGUUUUUUCAAAUUUUAGGCGGUCCGAUUCACAAAAAAUUAUAGCCAUAUCUUCAGAAGAACAUUCUGUAACUUAAUGUAAAAUACGAGCUUAACCUAACUGAUCAACUACUUUCAGGAGCUCCCCGAACCCCCAGUCGACAUGGAUCACUUCCUCAACCCAAGUGAUCUAAAUUUCGCUUCGGUCAGAGGCAAAAGCGGACGAUCGUACAAUGUAAACCCAUAUUAUGUAGCAGCAUGGUCAAAUGUGUUUCAAGAACGACUAUUUACACUCAACAGUACGGACGAUAUUUAUUGUCCUUGUACUCAUGAAGAGCUCAAAUACUUCCUUAUGGCUAUUUAUCCACCGCAGCUGAGGAUUACUGGUAGGUGGGGUGGGAAAAAGGGGUGGUUUUGGGCUUAGUAGUAAUUAAAGAUGGUUGAGUUUGGUAGUAAAAGGAAGGUAAAAGACCAGUUAUAUACAUAAUUAAGUUAUAUUUGACCUAUUUUUAAUGGGCGUGGGUAAUAUUAAAAUUUGUAAAAAUUAUUGGUUUUUUUGCGGAAGACGGAUUUCAGGGUAGGGGUGAUAAAUAACCUUAUUUCGGGCAUGGUACAAAUUAAAAAUGGUUGAAUUUGGUAUUAAAACAAAUUUAAAAGACCAGUGAAUAUAAAACUACGUUGUGUUUGACCAGUUUAUAAAGGGCGUGGGUAAUACUGAUUUUAAAAAAAUUUACAAGAUGUUUUGGGUAACAUGGAUUUUAGGGUAGGGGUGGUAAAUAGGGCCGGCUCCGCAAUUGGUACUGUAUGAAAAUAGUUGUGUGUGGUACUAAAAUGUAGCCAAAAGACUACGAAAGCCUAUAUUAAGUUUAAUGUGACCUAACUUUAAAGGGCGUGGGUAAUAUUGAUUUUUUAAAACUUCUUUUGACCUUUUAUAUUAAUAUGAAUUUUAGUAAAGGGGUGCUAAAAAGAUUGUUUUUGGGUUUGGUACUCUCUUAAUACUAUUGUGUUUGGUACUAAAAUAUAGCUAAGAGACCAGAAAAUUGACAUAAACGUUUUUAAAGCGGGAAGGGUAAAACGAUUUUUCUAGUUUUAAGUAAUGCCGACUUUUUCAGAAUCCAACAUAGGACCAGUACUAAUGGCCGCGUGCAAAAUGGAAUCUCAAGGUUUGCUUCGAAAAUGCGCUCAACUCCUUCUGAACCCUCAAACUCAGUUAUCAGUGUUUGUCAGGCUCUCGUUGUUAGAUAGAUGUAAACUUCAAGACUUGCUAGCUCAAUGCCUAACCAUGGUGAAUCGACCUGAAGACAUUGUGGAGAUGUCGCAACAACAGACGUGUGAGUUUCUUCGUAUUUUUAUGUAGGGUAGGGUAGGGUAAGGUAGAGUAGGGUAGAGUAGGGUAGGGUAGGGUAGGGUAGAGUAGGGUAAGGUAGGGUAGAGUAGAGUAGAGUAGGGUAGGGUAGGGUAGGGUAGGGUAGGGUAGGGGUAGGGUAGGGUAGGGUAGGGUAGGGUAGGGUAGGGUAGGGUAGGGUAGGGUAGGGUAGGGUAGGGUAGGGUAGGGUAGGGUAGGGUAGGGUAGGGUAGGGUAGGGUAGGGUUGGGUAGGGUAGGGUAGGGUAGGGUAGGCUAGGGUAGGGUUGGGUAGGGUAGGGUAGGGUAGGGUAGGGUAGGGUAGGAUAGGGUAGGGUAGGGUAGGGUAGGGUAGGGGGUAGGGUAGGGUAGGGUAGGGUAGGGUAGGGUAGGGUAGGGUAGUGUAAUAUGAACCAACAAGUAAUAUCUGAAAUAUGUCAAUUCCAGAUGACUGCCUAUCAGUCCGAGCCCGAGCCGAACUAAUGGACCGGUUCAGCCAACUUUCUGGCCAAUCUAACUUCCAACGUCACUUAUGUCAUCGCUGUAAAUCCCAAUCCCUAUGCCAUGAUGUCACGUGGAUGUGUCCUCAAUGCAAGACCUACUCAAGUGAGAAUCCAGCUGUUCAGCGACAACAAGCUCAGGUCUCAGCAGCUGCACCACCUGCUGUACCUGGCGUUCAGCUACAAGCUGCAACUGGCCAUACUCGAGGCUCGAAUAGGUCGUUAAAUCAACAACAAGGAGCUGUUAACAGUACUAAUCAUGUUAAGCAGUAUCGAUAG